AUGGAGAGUGAAGAAAAAUUGUAUCGUACUAUCGCAGAAAUUAUAAUUAACCAGGCAUUCGAUAAGUACGAUACUAUUCAAUCUUUAAAAAACAGAAAUCUAGAGAUGAAUUUAAAGAAAUAUUUGGUUAGUUACGUAACAGAUAAGAUCACUGGACAGCAGAAUUUUGUAAGCUUAUAUGUUCUUAAACAACGAAUGAGGAUUUUUCAGGAUAUGUUUAUUAAUAACCGUUUACGUGACAAGAAUAUUGACAUCAGUUUUUCUCCAACUGUCGGUUUUCGGGCUCGAAUGAUAGCACAUAUCGUGGGUGAAGAAAAAGUUGUCUUACUCAUUGAAGAUAAUUUACGAAACAGGGACAAGAUAAGAAAUACAGACUUAUUAUCUGAAUUACUGGAAAUUUCGGGUAAAAAAUCAUUUCUGGAAGGAGUGAUUGAAGACUGGAGGCGUAAAGGUGGACUACCAGUUGUCACAAUUGAAAGGAAUUAUCAAUCCAACAGUGCGAUUAUAAAGCAGAUACCUUUUACACAGAGUACAAACAAGACGUCAUCAAAGCAAUUCUGGAUUCCAUUGUAUAUCGCAACUCAAAGAAACGCUGAUUUUGAUAGUACUUCCGUCACUAAGUGGUUCGAUUCAGAACUAGAAUCUAUAGAAAUUGUGACACCUCCCCCGGACCAAUGGGUCAUAUGCAACAAACAGCAAUUUGGCUACUAUCGGGUUAAUUAUGAUGAGAGAAAUUGGAAACUGAUUACUAAUUAUCUCAAGUCUGAAAAUUACAAAAAAAUUCAUGUUCUGAACCGCGCGCAACUUAUAGACGACGCGUUUGUUUUCGCUGAAUUUGGAUACCUCAAUUUCAAUGUCGCCUUUGAUUUGGCGAGAUAUCUCAAAGUUGAGACAGAAUAUGUCCCGUGGGCGACUUUUUGGGAAAAAAUGUUCCGUUUAUAUCAAUACUCUUCAAUAUCUGGUUCUCAAUACUACGAACCGUUUAAAAAUAUGAUUUUGGAGUUAUCUGGCCCACUGGAACGUAAGUUUCUGUCAGAUGCAGCAUUUGAUGGUAACAAUCGUUUGGAAAGACUCAAUAAAAUAGCUGGACUUGCUUCUACGGUUCAACGUUAUGCAGAAACUAUUCACUUGAUAAACUCAAAAAUUGGCUCGCGGAUCCCGUUAAAAAUCCGUCAACUAUUGGAGGACCUCCGAAAAGAAAUACUUUGUGCAGGAAGUCGCAGUGCUGAUAAGAAAACUUGGGAAAAAUUACUGGAGAAAUAUUUAAUCGAUAAAGACAACACCAUUCUUUAUGCACUCAUGUGCUCAUCAAAUUAUGAGUUACUGCAUGAAUUAAUUAUGUUGUUCAUUAAUGGUCAAUUGGUUCAAAGUAAUCCUUGGUAUUUUUUGAUUAAAAUUGUCGAACAGAGCACCAUCGGUUUGGACACUAUCAUCCAUUUCAUUGACAACAAACAAGCCGUUAUCCACAGAAUGUAUCAUCAUUACAGUGUCGACCCUUCAACCGGCUUCAUCACCAAUCAUGGAGCAGUAACUUAUGACAUGAAGCAUUUUCAUGACUUUGUAGAUUCUUUCUAUACAGUCAUUGAGCAGUUCAUUACAAAUAAGCAACAGCGCGAUAAAUUCAAAAAAAUAUUGAAUGAUAAUUUUGAUACUCUCGGAAGCAUAGAAGCUGCUGAUCAUUUAUAUUUUGCUCAAAUGAAAGUCAAUAACUCGACUUCUGUAUUUAAUUUGAUGAAAGCUUACUGGGAAACUGAAGAAAAGUUAUUUGAUCCUUAA